GCCAAAAAAAGCUUGGGGGUGCAAGCCAACGGUGGAAGCUCAGGGAAGAGAGGGGAGCAAGCAGGACCGCCGCCGAAAUGGCCUCCAAACUCAUGGAUCUGGUGUAUUGGAGGAACAUGCGGUGGACCGGUGUGGUGUUUACGGGCCUGGUGAUGUGUCUGGCCAGCCUCUUCCAGCUGAGCGCCAUCACUGUGCUCGCUCAUGUGUGCUUGGGUAUCAUGUGCAUCACCGCCACGCUCCGUCUUUACUAUAAACUGCUGGAAGUGCUGCACUGGAACCCUGGUGUUCACCCCUUUCAGUCGUAUUUGGAUUAUGACGGCUCUCUGACCGAUAAGGAGACGGUGAUGCUGGUCGAAGAGGUGGUGCUGCUGACUGCCUUUGCCAUCACAGAGAUUAAACGCCUUCUCUUCAUCGAGAACGUGAUAGACUCCAUUAAGUUUGUGUUGUUCCUCUAUCUGCUGACAUAUGUGGGCAUCGCCACCAAUGGGCUGACUCUGAUCAUAACUGCUGUGAUUGUGAUUUUCUCCCUUCCUCUGUUAUACAAAAAACAACAGGUUCGGAUAAGGAAGGUUGUCAGAGCGUUCAGAGCGUUUGUGAAGAAAAUCAGAAGUCUGUUUGACAGUUUGUAUGAGAUGGUGAGACCCUCUUCUGCCCCUGCCUCCAAACCGGCACCCCCAGCUGCUCCCGCCAUCAAACAGAAACCCAAGUCCAAGUAACGUUUUGGUUGCACACUGAAGGGAUUUGGGAUUUAGAAAACGUUCGUCCUCUGUGGGGCCGCCGGUGGGGCUGCUCAUUUCCAUCUCUCCACUGUGAUUGUUUAUGGGAGCAAGAUUUAAUUGAUGCCGACAGCAGAAACAAAGCUGCCUUUCACACACAGAGAGGGACGGGCGGAUGAUGAAGUGGGAAAUGUUAUUUACUGAGAUGUAGGCAACUGUAAUGUUACCAGUUGGUCAUUUUCUACAAAUGGUGACAGCAUACACCUUCAUAUAUAUACCUAUUAUCGAGCUCUAAACUUUAAGUUUAAACAAUUUUGGAAACACUAAAUAAAAAAAAAAACUAAUCACACUUAGCAAAUUUAUUUUAAUCAGGCUCUUUUUUUUCUUGCUUUAAUAAUUUUUAAUAUUAAGGAUUACUGUAAAGCAAUGAUUUUCAGUUAAAGCACUAAAUCCGAGGGAUUAGAUUCAUUCAAUUUGUUUAGAAAAGUGAACUUUAUCACUUCUGCCACAACUUGUAGUUCAACGUCUGAACACCAGGAGGCAGUGCUGAAAACAAUGCUGACAGAUCUACAAAAGUACUUGCUCUGAUAAUUACAUGAACAACAACAAACAAACCUGCCUCUCGAGAACAUCUCAGCAAACAAACAUUUACAUUUUAUAUAAUUCUAAUUCCUGGAUGGCUUUAUUUCAUGUGAAUAUAUUUAUACUUCUAAUGCAGUUGUUUCCAUAGAUAACCCACAGAAACCUUCCAGAAGAAGGACUAAAAUUGUUUUAAGUUUUUUUUUUUUUUUUUUCCAGCUGGAUCCCAGCUUGGAUCUCAAAAUGCUAAAGUCUUGAACUGUUUCACAUUUUGUCACGUCACAACCUCAGAUUUUUGCUUAUUUAAUUAGGAUUUUGUGAGACAGACCAACACCAAUCAGUGCAUAAUUGUGAAGUUGAAGGAAAACCAUACAAAGUCUUACAUGAAGCCGGUGUUGAAUGCAAAAUGUAAACUCCAUCUCAAGGGUUGCGCAUGUUGGUGGCAGCGUAAUGAUGUGGGAGUCAAGGGCGAGACUGAAAAUGGAUUUGUCUUUUUUUUCCCCAAAAUUUCAUUUCCUUUAUUUUUGGGAGCCGACGUAAAAUUUGAGUGACAGUUUGUAUCUGUCAACCAUUUUAAAAACCUUCCACUUCAAAAUAAUGCACUGUAGUUUCUAUUGAUCUCUAAUGUACUGUAAAACACAUCGACGCUUGUGACCUGGAUAUUUCCGCCCGUCGAAGGGGUACGCUCACUUCUAAAUCUAGUACAUGUGGGGACUUUUCUUACUGACAGCUAGCUGCCAACACUGAGCCAGUGUGUGGAUACUUCAGUGCAAUUUCCUUGCCAGAAACCUGCUUUACGCAUAUCAAAUCAAUGUGAAAACGAAGCUGCACUCAAACUGUUGUGUCUUAAUGAGCUGAAAUUACAUACAGUGUGUAGCAUAUAUCUACAUAUAUUCAAGUGAUGACGUUUUGUUUUUUUUUUCUGUCAUCACUUGUGAUGUGGGGAUCUAGAUCUGCAGACAUUUCGGCUCUCGGUGUUUUCAGUCGUCUCGUUUUUCCCUCGGCGCUUUCCAUUCAGCCUGCAUUUUCUUUACUUUUGGUGCCAUGGAAUAAAUAGAAAGUCCUGAAAGUUUGUUCGUGUUAAAUUGGUCGAAGUGGGCAUCGGUGUCAAUAAAUGUACAAUUAUAUACUGUAAAACUUGGUCGUGAUUUUAUAACAAUUUAAUCACUGCAGAUGUCAUCGCUGAUGUGACUUUUUUUGUUUUUGGUUUACAAUAUUUCUAUUGGUACUUACUAUUUGUAUUAUUUCCUAUUGGAAUGUUGCUCCCUAAUAAAAAAGAAAAGUAUUUGCUAUACAAGUGUGUUGUGCCUGUCA